AUGAGUGGUGAGGGGGGUCCGCUCCUGGUCUCCUCCUGCUGUGGGUCCUCCUCUGUGGGUCUCCUCAGGGGCCCUCGGUCUCACUCGGUCAGGGUCCCCAUCGCGUCCCAGAGGACCAGUCCGAACCCAGCGGCUCCAGGACUGACCCAGACCUCUCUCCCUUCACUGAGUCUGAGGAGACAGGUCCUGACCAGCGGGAGAGACCCUGCGGAGCGAGGGAGGAGGACCAGCAAUCACACAGAUGGACCCUCGAUGCAGGUGUUUGGUCGACCCGCCGGUGCUGACGCUCUGACCAGGCCCUCACCGUUCAUCUCCGCUCACCCCCCUCACCCCCCUCACCCCCCUCACCCCCCACCAUACCCCUUAUCUAUCCCUGCUCCCCACAGCGAGGCCAGGUCCCUGUUCUCCAGAGAGUCCUUGGCCUCCACCACCCUGAGCCAGUUCGACACCCAGUCUGUGUUCAGCGGGAGACACGACUGGCCUUAUGGCUAUCGGGUGCUGCCUCCUCUGGGUCCAGCUCCAGGGUCCACCCAGGCCCCCUCUGAGGGCACUGAGCUGGCCGUCCACCCCCCAGACCCCUCUCCAUCCGGGGGUACAACCAGCACGUCUGCCUCCUUACCGUCCUACUUAUUCGCGGUCGAUCUAACAAGCCCGAAACACUCGAAGAAGCGUUCUCUCUCCAUAUCGCCCUUGUCAGACGUCAUGGGGAUCGACUUCAACUCGGUCAUCCGCACCUCCCCCACCUCCCUCGUGGCUUACAUCAACGGCGGCAGGAGCUCUCCGUCGUCGUCCGUGCAUUCCGACGCUUACGGCCAUUUCCUGGGAGUGCGAGGUUCUUCCUUCCCCCAGAACCAGCCCAGCAUCCGCCCAACGCAGGUCGGCAAGCAUCAGGUGCAGCCCAGUCACGGCGAGGAUAUGGGCCGAGAGCUCCAGAACCAAAUGGCAAACAUGGCGGUGGAACUGCAGGGCUCAUCCCAGCAGUGCACUGCUGGGAUGGGACCAAACUUGGUGCCGUGUCCGUCCAUGGAUGUCGCUGCAGAUGCCACAAUCCAAGAUCAAGAACCCCCUCUAGGGCCUCCUCCUCCGUAUCAUUCCCACUCCCAUAUCUACAGACCGCAGCACAAGCAGUACCCAGACUUCUACCUGCAGAGUCCGUACUUCAGGCAUGGGUUUUUACCUCAAGUGCCGAUGCUGGAGGAGGAGGAGGGGGAGGUGGAGGAGUGGGGCGGGCACUUGUGCAGGUGGAGGGACUGCGGUGGAGUGUACGACCUGAAGGAGGCGCUGGUGAAGCACAUAGAGAAGACCCACGUGGACCACAGGGGAGCGGAGGACUUCAGCUGCUUCUGGGAGGGCUGUCCACGGAAGCUCAGGCCCUUCAACGCCAGAUACAAGCUGCUGAUCCACAUGAGAGUACACUCAGGGGAGAAACCCAACAAGUGCACGUUUGAAGGAUGUAAAAAGGCCUUUUCUCGGCUCGAAAACCUGAAGAUUCACCUGAGGAGCCACACAGGAGAGAAACCCUACAUGUGCUCUCACCCCGGCUGCCUCAAGGCCUUCAGUAACUCCAGCGACCGAGCCAAGCACCAGCGAACGCACCAGGACACCAAGCCGUACUCCUGUCCUGUUCCCUGCUGUGAGAAGAGAUACACAGACCCCAGUUCUUUGAGGAAACACAUCAAGACUCACUCAGCGAAGGAGCAGCAGCUGCGCAAGAAGAGGAGACCAUCUGUGGAGACGGGUCCAGACCCUCUGACAGACUGUCUGACCAUCCAGGCCCUGUCACCCCCCAUGAAGAGAGACCACAGUCUGCAGCCAGCCUCCGCCUCUGACUCUCCACAGGGACAGACCUCAGCUGGUGAUCCCCACCUGGUGCUGCUUCACUCCUUACAAGAUAAUUACAGGUUCGUUGAUCAUUUGUUCCCUGGAGAUGACCCCAGCUCCUACACCAGCACUCACCCCCACCCUCCCCCUCCCCCUCACCCUCCCCCUCACCCGCCCUCUGGGGUCUCUCUCCACUACAGUCCGGAUCCUUUUGUAAACCCAGUUCAGUGGAGCACAGCGUUUAAGUGGACCACAGGGGAGAGGCUGAAUGGGGGAGGCAAGAGGUGUGUUAGGGGGGAGGGGGGAGGCAGGAGAUGUGUGAGGGGGAGGCAAGAGGUGUGUGAAGGGGGGGGGGGGGGGGGGGGGGGGGGGGGGGCAGGAGGAGUGUGA